AUGACGAAACUCAUUCUGUCCACGGGAAACAUUGUCUCGGGCGGCCCCUCCAUAAUCCGUAAACCAGGUGCAUACAGAUCUAAUCUCGAACUUACCAACUCGUUGAGGAGCAACUUUCUCGCUGCUCAGCAGGACUACUCGCCUUACGAAGAGUCCUCCCCGAUUGAUGAGAAACCGAACGGAACCCUGAACGGACAUUCCAAUGGCUAUUCCUACAACGAGAAUGGUCAUUCUGGACGGCCCCGCCUCGAUGUGUGGACCUCUCGUGAGGAUGGCGCCCUCUAUAUCCCGCGCAUAGAUUGGUCCUACUCGGGUCUGCAGGAAGAGCCGACAAAUUACGAUAUUACUGUCAAGCUUUUCUUCCUGCCUACUGCUCCUGCUGAGGACCGUGAGCGCUACGUUCAGGAGGCCCUCGACCUUGUGCGCAAGGAGCUCGGCGUCACCACGAUAGACCUACUCAUUGCUUCCUUCCCCGGCAUGUCUUUCGAGGGUGAUUGUGAGUGGGAGGCUGACAAGCGCAACGCCGUCCAGGGCGAUAUCGACCAAGAAGCUGCCACCUGGAGGGUGCUCGAAGAUCUCUACCGUCGCGGCGAGGUCAAGGCCCUCGGUAUCGCCGAGUUCGGCACGGAGAAGCUGGCAAAAUUUAUCAAGAAGGUUAGCAUCCGCCCUGCCGUGGACCAGAUCAACAUCAAGGACUGUUGCAGUGUGCCACCCACACUCGUCAAGCUUGCGAAGACAGAGGGUGUUGAGCUACUCGUCCACACUGACUGCACCGAUAUCCUCCCCAGCGGUACCCUCCGUGAGCUGCUCGGCCACGGACUGAGGGGCGCCGGCGUCCUGGCCGAUCCUCUCGAGGGCGGAGAGGGGCUGCAAGGAGAUAUUACACCGCAGUGGGUGGUCAAGUACACUGCCUUCGUCAAGGAUCGUGGCGUUAUCGAGAAUAAAGGGUACUUUGCCGGCGCGGAGCUUGUGGAGUCCUCAUGA